AUGGAAGAGAAUCAUAUGAUUAAAAUACAAUUAACUUAUGAAGCUCCAGUUCAUGUAUUAAAAGAAAUUAUUUUAGCAUUACACUUAUCUGGCAUGUCUCCCUUCCAUGACCACCACAAGGAUUCCAUAAACUUGAAUUUACAGUCAAAACUAGAAAUUCUGAUAGAGAAAGAUUCCAAUUCUGAUCCUCGUCUUAACUAUAAAGAUGAAACGACAGAAGUCUCAAUGCAAGAACAAACAUCAAUCGGCGUGAGAUACCUACAUAAUAAUGGCAUUAGAGAAGAUUUCCUUCAGUUUGUACCUGUUUCUGAUUUAACAGUUUCUGAGAUCAGAAAUUUCAGUGGGACUGCAACAAAACGCUGCGUGUUCUUUAACACUCCAAAACGAAUGGAGGCUAUUAAAAGAGCAAUUGAGAAACUGUUUCCUGAAGCCAAAUCUACCCGUCUAAAACAACUCUGCCCAACUAGGUGGGUUGAGUGCCAAGAAAUGUCACCUGCUGUCAAUGAGGCUCUUGAAGAAGUUUUACAGUGGGAUGAUCUAGAAUUAGCUUCGAUGGCAUCGCAGCUCAUAUGUGCACUUCACAGUUCAUACUUCAUAAUCAGUUUAAAGGUGAUGGGUUAA